AUGCGCUCACUACCCCACCUCCUUAUAUGCUGCCUCCUCUCCAGCUCAGCCCUCGCCUUCCAGUUCUCUUUCUCCGUUCCCUUCUUCAAAUCAAGCCAGGCCAUCCUCGACGAACAACAGGAUAAUGGCGGUCCACCUAGGAUAGCCAUCGUCGGCGCCGGCGCUGCAGGUUCGUCUGCUGCGUUCUGGAUAGGUAAGGCGAGAGAGCGGUUUGGGAUCGAUGUUGAGGUGGAUGUGUAUGAGAGGAGUGAUUAUGUAGGCGGACGAAGCACGACUGUAUACCCAUACGGCGAUACUAACCUGCCCCCCGUCGAACUGGGGGCAUCGAUAUUUGUGGAGGCUAACAAGAAUCUCAUGCGCGCAUCCAAGGAGUUCAAUCUUACACUGGCUAAGUUUGAGGACGAUGAUUCUGAUACUGGCAUAUGGGACGGACAGAACUUUAUCGUCGUCAUGAAAAGCGGCGGCUUUUUCAAAAGCUGGUGGAGCACCCUGAAGGUGCUAUGGAGAUACGGCUACACUGCCCCCACACAAACACGUACAUUCGUGCAGAACAUGGUAAAACAAUUUGGCAGACUCUACGUGACGGAGUCUCCCAGAUGGGAUGAUAUCGCAGAUCUCGCUGCCCGAUUUGAGUGGACAGCCCUCGCGAACCAUACCACAGCGGAGUACCUCGACUCCAAAGGCGUCUCCCCCAAGUUUUCGCGAGAGGUGGUGGAAGCCGCUACACGCGUUAACUACGGACAGAAUGUGGACGAAAUCCAUGCGUUGGAAGGCGCUGCGUCUAUGGCUGCCACCGGCGCAUCUGGCGUCGCGACGGGGAACUAUAAGAUAUUCGAGCAAUUCAUUGAGCGAUCUGGCGCGACCUUGCAUCUCGGAACCACCGUGAAAGAAAUCAAACGCAAAGCACCCUCAUCCUCCCUUUGGUCUGUCGUCACCACCUCUGGCAGCACAAAAACCUACAAAGGCGUCAUCCUCGCCUCUCCCUUCCACUUCUCGCACAUCACGCUCCCCACUGACCUAGCAGACCUCAUACCAGAGCAGCCAUACGUCCAUCUACACGUGACGCUCCUCGCGACGCGUUCUCCGCAUGCUAGCGCGGAGUAUUUUGGGCUGGGGGAGAAGGAGGAGGUGCCCCAGACGGUGCUGACGACGUAUGAGGGAGUGAGGAAAGGAGGGAAGGAGCCUGAGUUCAAUUCAUUGAGUUAUCAUGGGGUGAUUAACCGCACGAGGGCUGCAGAGGGCGAAGGCGAGGAAGCGGUGGAGGAAGAGGAGGUGAAGGAGUAUGUGGUGAAGAUAUUCUCGAAGGAGACUGUUUCUGAUGAGUGGUUGGAGAGGAUAUUUGGGCAUGUUGGGUGGGUGUAUAGGAAGGAGUGGGAUGCUUAUCCGAAAUUGCCACCUGCGAGCGUGUUUCCCCCUGUGAAGCUAGACCAGGGACUGUAUUACGUGAAUUCAUUCGAGCCGUUCAUCUCAACGAUGGAAACGGAAACCAUCGCCUCGCGCAACGUCGUCGACCUCCUUUUGCACGAAGAGUUCGGUUCUGGGAUCUGCGGGUCUUUGCUCUCGAGCGUAGGUUCGGAGGAGGCGUACGGCGCUGGUGCGAGUAAGGAGGGCGCUGGGGCGAGGGGUAAGGGAGGGGAUGAGAAGGGGGGUGAGGAGUUUGUGCUGGGGUGGGAUUGUUAAUGUUGGUGUUGGUGUUGGUGGGUGGUGGUGCUUGGCGGGUGACGAUGCGAGUGGAGUGGAUUGGCAUUAAGAUUAGGAUUAUAUAUCAUCGAGCGUUCAUGGAGUUUGUUAUGGAAUUUUGUUAUUCAUUUGUUAUUCGAAUCAGUUUGGAGAGACGGUCAACGAACGGUUGUAUGUACAGAACUCUACGCGUAGACGAGGAGCCGAGGUAGCACGUUUCGACACUUCUGACGCUUGUGAAACUUUGUAACUUGUAUAGUGUAGUAAUAUAACCAGAAUCUAGCGCGGUGAUCCAGCCGGAAAUAAUAGACAGCGACGGAAAGAGAUAUACUUGAUAUCCGAAGAACAAAGAACAGAAAGGGAGAAAGAGACCAGGAGUAAAAAGAGAAAGACGCAGAGACGGAGAGACGGAGGCAGAGCUCGAGUGUAAAUAUGUUAAACAUUGAAAAAAUGGGACAAGGAAACAAUGCAAGGUGAAUUAUUAAAUAGGUGAUUUAGGUACAGGAUGUGAUCGAGAAAAUUGUGGUAGUAGUCGUUGGUGGUGGUUUGGUAGUUGGUAGAUGGUGGUUUGGUAGGUUGUUGGUAGUUGUAGUUGGUAGAUAUCGACAGUCGUAGGUGACAGAUACUUGGAUACUUUGGCGGUGGUAAUUUAAAUACGGAAGAAACGACUAUGACGAUUGGUUGUGGUGUGGAGAUAUUGAUAUUUCCUGGUGGUAGGUGCCGGUUUGUUCUCCCCCCCUCCCC